AUGAAACCUUUUCUAGUUAUUUUCAUAUUUUUUGCUGUAGCAAACGGUAAUUUUUCUGUUAUUUUUUUCAAAAAGUUUUUUUACCUAUUCAAAUUAAUUUAGCCUAUGUUUUCGAUUGUUUGGACAAAUGUGAAUGUGAUACAAAUAAAGAAGUUAUUCAUUGUGAUGACGAAGGAAGAACUAAAUUAGUAUUUCCAAACAAUGAACGACUUCGAGGUUUUUCAGUUAUCAGCUUGAGUUUCAAUAAUAUUAUCAGACUUCCGGAUGAGAAAUCGAUUUUGGACAAAUUUCCGGAUGUUGAAAGUAAUUUUUUUUCAAAAAUCUUUAUUUUUCACGCUAAACUUUUCCAGAGAUUGAUGUUGAAAGAAAUCCUGGUUUCGAUUGCGCAUCAUUGAAAAAUUAUGAAAAAAUCGAAAUUUUAUCAGAUUGCUCUAAAAGCCUUGAGGACAUUCUGAGAGUUCCGAAGAUUUUGCGUCCAACUAGAGAAUGUGAUUUUGGUUGUCGAGUCAGAAAUGGUUUUGGGAACUUCCAAAAAUAUCUUGUGAAUCUUUGGGAGACUAUGAAGGAGAAAUAUCGAAAUUUCAACUUGAAUGUGAGGAAAAAUCGAAAUUACGAACCUUUUUUGAAAUCAGUGGAACAUAGAUACACUUAUCUGAAAAUGAAAAACUGGAUAAUUUGAUUCAUUCCUAAAAAUUUGAAGACUUUUUUUGGAAAAAAUCACUGUUUCGAGUUCUAUUUCACAAGUUAACAAAUUGGAGAACAUUUAUUUUUGAGAAAACAAAAAAUCCGGAUAUUUAUGUAGAAAAUGAUCUGUGAAAUUUUAAUAAAAAAAAACUUUUAAAUACAAUUGACUCCGAAAAUACUUGAAUGUUAUUUCCAGCAAUAUUUUCAUUCAGUAUAUUUUCACGAUUCAAAAAAGGUUCCCAGGUAUUUUUUUGGAACAAUUUUAAUUUUUCAGGACACUCUUCAACACAUUCAACAAUUUUUCACAGAUACUUUUAGCCGAUUCCGUGGAUUUUAA